GCUGCAAAAGAAUUUAAAACUGGAAUGAUAAUAUUCUUGUCUUCAUGGGUAAUAGUAACUAUAGAUCUCAUAGCGUUAUUUAUUGGAGUAACACUCAAGCUUAAUUCAGUUCAUAGUCUUUGGUAUUCUGGAAUCAUUCUUA